AUGAAUGACGACGAGGAGCGCGAACUCACGGAGGCCCUCAAAGUUGGCAAGGCGCUUCUUGUUGAGGGGCACAGUGGCCACAGGCUGCGUUUCUAUCACGAUGCCUUGCCGUUUCUGGCGGCGAAGGCCGGUAUGGGUGGGGAGCGCGCGCCAGUGCCUCUGCUGGUUUCGUCGUUGAGACGCCUCUGCAGUUAUUUGCGGCGUGCAGAUUUGUCCAGACGCCAUGUAUUUUUUGUCAACACCGAUCUCUGCGCUUUCUGCGAAGUGAGGGACGCGCUUCAUAAGCACUAUGGAGCGGCCACCCGGCUUCAACGGCUAUCGCUUCGUAAACUUCAUCACAGUUGCAGUGAGACGUUGAAAGUACUAGAGGCGUUUGAGCGAAAGCGGGAGGUGGCAUUGGCGGCGGCGAAUUUUCGCUACUUCUUUGGCGACGUGGGUCGCGAUCCACUUCUCAUUCCAGAGGAGUGCGGAAUCUCGGCAUUUGCGUCGCGUGUGCAAAACUCGGUAGACGCUACACUGAAGGCCGGGGUGGUGGACGUGCGCUCCUAUUGCUCGGCGUGGAUGCCGGAUUUGGGUCGGAGGUUAUGGACAGACACGUAUGUUUUUGAGCGUAUAUUGCCUCCAGAUCCAUGCGGUGAUCCGCUUCCACUUUUUCGUGGUGUCGUAGAGACUAUUCUAAAGAGGGAAGUCACCCUUAUAGACGUGAGCGACCUUCGAGAAGGUGUGGAGCGUAUGGCGCUUUCCUUGGCUGUUUCGUCAAAGGAAAAACACUGUGCCAAGGAGCUUCUGGAGAGAGUUGUCACAGGUACAAAGCGGAUGGGUUGGGUGCUUGUCGCCCAGACCGCAACACCAUCUUCAUUUGAUAUGCCGCAGCACACGUUGCACUUGUGGUGUGGAGCGCAAGUGGUUUUGGGGGACGGACGCAUGGGGACUGUCAAGGGAUUUGAGGAGACUUCAUUGUGUCGCGACCGGAAGGCGAAGUGGCCUGUCGUCGUGAUUGACGGUGAGGUUGACGGUAACGUUGUUUUGCCCUCCGCCGACUUUCUUCAUGGGGUUUUAAAUUUGCGCGUGUCCGAGCUGCCACUCCGUCUCGCCGACACCAUGACGGCCGAGGAGCUCUUUCUCACCCCUCGUUCUUUACUUGCGCGGCGCCUCUUUGUUCUUCGCCCAAGUCUCUUUAUUGGCCAUCUCCCCCGGCUUCGAUGCGCAUUUGCGUCGCUGCCUUCCCUGUCGUGCGUGGCGCUGACUAGUCCGUUGCCGCGGAACCUACGGAUGACUGUUGCGACUCGGUGA